AUGAAGCGCCGGCGUCAAUCGAGUAUCGAGGCUGCUUUGCUCGAGGACAUCAAGGCGCACGUCAACGCGUCGGCGAGCCUGCUUGGCCGCACUCUGCUGCACGGCCAAAAGGCAGGAGAUGCCGCUGCCGCGGCGGCAGCCCGGCGAGCGAGAGUGCGUCGGAGCCAGCAGAUCUUCCAGGGCGACGCCGGUCUCGCCGUGAGCCUCCAAAAGAUGCGUGAGGAGGCUGCAGCAAUCGGAAGUGAGCUGCGGUCGCUCGAGGCGGCAAUUGCCAUGCCGCUGCCGGGCGGAGAGGUGGUCACGAGCGGCGGGUUGCGGGUGUCGCUGGGCGCGGCGCGCGUGCGAGCGACCGCGCUGCGGGAGGAGCGGGCUCGUGUCGAGGGCGCCGUCGAGACGGUCAGCAGCCACGUGCCCGAGGUGCUCUCGACCAUCCGGCAGCUCGCGGCGGACGGGGACCUGCGCGGCGAGGUGGUGCCUCCGCGAGGCGCGAGGCCGACCGGCGUGAUCGACGCCGAUAAGCCCAGCGACACGGACGCGCUGUGCUGCUGCUGCGACGGCGACGAGGUGAUCUUGCCGCCCGGGAGGCACUCGGCUGCCGCACUCGGCCGGCUGCGUGAGUGCGUCACGAUCCGCGGCGCCGAGGGCGCGAGGUCGACGGUACUCACAAACGGCGCCGACGACGCGUCCUUUGUGGAGGCGAGCGCAAAGUCGAUCUCUCUCGUGGGGCUCACCUUGCGUGCGCGGGGCGGCGGCGAGGGUGUGGUCCGCGUCUCGCGCGGCUGGCUGAGCAUGUCGCACUGCGCCGUCGAGUGCGGCGGACCGGAGGGGGUGCGGCGGACUGGAGGGAGCAUCCAAAUCUCGCCGCGCGCCAGAGUCAGCCUCCAGCACGUGACGCUGCGCCGGAACGGCGGCGGCGACGGCGCCGCGUGCCCCGCCGGGCAGGGGGCGGUGCAGCUGCGCAUCGAGUUCUCGGUGGCGAGGGGCGGCGGCGCGCCAUCCAGCGGGGGCGGGGGCGGAGGAGACACGGGCGGCUGCAGCGGCGGCGGCGGCGGCGGCGGCCCGGGCGGUAGUGGCGGCGGCGGGGGGGGCGGCACGUCGCUGCUCGGGGUGAGGCGGUCGGCGGCGGGGCCGUCGACGGUACUGUCGUCCACGCCCGGCGGCCGCGAGGCGUGGGCGGAGUCGCGGUUCGGCGCGGCGGCGCCGCCUCGCGCGGCCGAGGCGCCCGCCUCCGCUCCGCCGCCCGCCGCCGAGUUCUUUCACAGCCCCUUAGCCGGGCCAGCCGCCGAGCUGCUCUCGGCGGCGAGGGGCGAGGUGAUCGCGGCGUCGACGAGCGAGGUCGCGGCGGUCCGCGGGGACGUCAUUUGGUCGCCGCCCGCCGCGGCCGCGCCGGCGCCGCCGGCGCCUCCGCUGGCGCUCGAGGGGGUCGAGGCACUUGCGGUCGGCGAUCUGCCGCUAAAGCCGGCAGGGCUGCUGUCGAUGUCGCACUGUAGCGCAAGCGGUAACUCCGGCGCGCCGAUCGUCUUUUGCCAGCCGGCGGCGCUGCUCGAGGUGACGGGGCGCGCCCCCGCCGUCCCCGACGGCGCGUGCGUCUGGCUCGGCCCCGGCAACGUCUUCGACGGCGGUCGGCCCUUCGGCACCAUCACGCACGGCGACGGCUACACGCCCAAGCCGCAGCUCACGCCGCAGAUGACACCCUCUGUCACGCCGGCCAAGCUGCCCGCGAUGAUCCCCUCCCUCGUCCUUCCUCCCGGCAGCCCGAUGGGAAGGUGA